AUGCGUAUUCAUGACUGUAUGCAUGCGUUGCGGUUUCAUAAACCGGCUUUAUCGACACCUUGCUUCCAGCAUGUUAGUGUCAACAUCAUUUGUAAAAACGUGCCAAAUCCUAACAUUUCAGGAAAUGAAAGAACGAUUUACUACGAUCCUGCACAAGCCUGCGUCUCCCAGUCUGUCGCACAAAUAACUAGAACUCCAACUCGUACAAGUGAUGUCUACCAAGCCGCGUCCAGUCCACAGGUUUCUCCAGAACGCCAUCGAGUGCCAACAGUUGUGAGCUCAACUUUGUCCAAAGUACAUGAGCCACAAGCGGCAAUACACGUCGACCCUUGCAAGAAAACAAAUAUAUCAUCCUAUAUGAACCCUCACCAACCAAAAAACUUUGAGUUUCCUAAAAGAAAAUUUUCUGGACAGAAUCGUUCUUUUCAGGCGGCAUGGUUUGAUAUAUUUUCUUGGCUGCACUAUGAUGAACAGCUUGACUCGGUCCUUUGUUUUUAUUGCGCUCAGCAAAACGCUCAGGGAAACUUAAGGUGUGCUAGUAAAAAAGAUCAAAAGUUUAUCUCGGAUGGGUUUUGUAACUGGAAAAAGUCCCUAGAUAAAUUCAAGCAACACGAAUCUUCAGAAUGUCACAAGAUGGCGAUUGAUUAUGCAGUUAAUUUCCCAAAGAACUGUGGCAAUGUUAUCGAUAUGACAAAUGAGCAGAGCAAGAAACUAAGGCAGACCAAUCGCCGCUGCUUAUUGAAAAUAAUUGAAAACUUGCAAGGACAAGCUAUACAAGGAGACACUGAUACUGAGUCGAACUUUUACCAAUUAAUGAAACUUCGGGGACGCGACGAUCCUGCGUUACUCGAGCUGCUUAAGAAACGAGGCGGUGAUAAAUAUACGAGCCAUGAUAUACAAAAUGAAAUUAUUGAAAUUAUGGCACACGAGGUUCAACGGGACCUCAUAAAGGAUAUUGGAACAGGAUUCUUUUCCAUAAUAGCUGACGAAUACACGGAUAUUG